AAGGGCCCGCGCGGGAUGGCGGCGGUGCCGCGGGCCCUGUCCCGGCUGCGGCCCCGGCGCUGCCCCGCCGUGCUCCGGCCCUGCCCCGCCGGGCCCCGCGGCCACCGGGGGCAGCGCGGCGGCACCACCGGCACCGGCACCACCACGGCGUUGGCGCGGCCGCGCUGGGCCCGCCCGGCCGGCGCUGCACUGGCCUUCCUGGGAGGGCUGUCGCUGUUCCCCCGGGACGCCGAGGAGGAGGAGGGCGAGGACGCGAUCAUCCUGCUGCUGAAGAAGGCCAAGCUCAGCGUCAUGAAGGGGGAGCUGGCGGAGGCCGAGCGGCUCCUGCACCAGGCCCUGCGGCUGUCGCACCAGGAGGACAACAGGCAGGCCAUCGCCUACACCUACAGCGUGAUGGCAAACGUGGCCUUCAUGCAGGGACAGCUGGACAAUGCAGAAAAGCUCUACAAAGCAAGUAUGAGCUAUUUGCUUGCAGGGGACAUGAAGGAGGAUGACAAUGCAAUCCUUGAGAUGUCCCUCAAGCUGGCCAGUAUCUACGCUGCUCAGAAACAGGACAAAUUAGCCAUAGCUGGAUACCAGUUCUGCAUCCUGACCUUAGAGGAGAAGAUUGCCAAGCAAAAGGACUUGCCUGAGGAUGUCUUACCAGCUGAAGAAAAGGCCAACACCCGUCUCCUGCUCGGGAUGAGCCUGGACUCCUACGCUCGGUACCUCCUGAGCGUGAACCAGCUCCCAGCGGCCCAGAAAAUGUAUGAGAAGGCUCUGCAGAUAGCAAAUGAUGUUCAGGGAGAGACUCAUCCACAGACUGUGGUCCUGAUGAACGACUUGGCGACUGUGCUGGAUGCUCAGGGGCACCACGACGAGGCCUAUUCCUACGUGAAGAGGGCGGCAGAGCUGGCAAGGGAGACUCAGCACCCCGAGGAGCACAUGGUGCUGAAUAACCUGGCAGCGAUUCUGAUGCACAAAGGUCAGGACACCUGUGGAUGGCAGUCACAGAAAGCACAAGCUGGAAAAAUUGAGUGAAAAGGCAAGUCCUGCAUACCCAUGUCAGAGUCACCUCCACCAGAUGAGUUCAGCUUUCGAAAUAUCUCCUGUUUCUUGGAUUUUACCAUUGGUGAAGUGUUCUCAAGUUUGGUGAAAAACGAAGGCAGGUAACUGAUACUGCCUGGAGAGCGAGAGUCAGUCCUGCCAAGACCAACACGUGUCAAAGAGACAGAACAUCCAAGAUGUACAUUUAAAUCUUUCCAAAAGCAGUCAGGCAGAAACCACUAACGUUGUAUGAACACUGUGGUGCUCAAUAAAAAUUGAGUUUGUUUAAGCAGCAGUAAUCUGGCAAAAAAGCCUUAAUUAAAAUCCCCAAGAAACAAUUCAUACUUAAAUUAAAAACUAAUCUAAAAUAAAGCAAAAAAGACUCUAAAGGUUUCCUAACCCAAAAUCCUUACAUUUCUAAAAAGUGCAGUCCUGUUCCCAAAAAUCCCUGUGAUCUAGCUAACCUCCAUCAUGGACUGUAACAACCCUGCCAGCAACUGCAGAGUGGAGGGGGGAAAAAACCCAAGGAAAACUGAAUCAAUGUCACCAGCAUGAGCCUUAAAUAAGUACAUUGGCUGCUACUCCUUCCUCAGCAGAGCAAAUGGCAGGAGCACCCACUGCAAAGUGCAUCUGCCACAGGUCUGCAGACACCAGCACUGCCAGUGUGCCAGGGAUGCUGGGCACUUUGAUGCUGCAGGUGUGGCAGAGUGACAAACAGCCCUGGGACAGGGCUGCCUGAUCCAGGGACCUCCUGACACCCCACCUUCACACCUCCCAGAAGUAAAGCUCCUUAGCUUAGUGAUGUUUCAACUGAUUAACUGCUCCAGAAUCAUGAGUGCUGGAAGCCAGGGUUCCUCCCCUCUCCACCAGGACAGUAUCCAAGAAGCCAAUCAGGCAGAAGAAUACAGAAUUAUUUAAUAAAUAUCGUAGGAAAUGCACCUUUCUCAAAAACCAUUUCAGUUUUAUAGAACUGGUACCCAUGAGGAGCUUUGUUCUAACAUUUUCUACCAGAUACAACACAGAACACACUGAAACUGAAGACAGAACACGAACAGAUGACCUUUCACUCAGCCUUCCCAAAGCACCUCCCAGUAGCAAAUUUUGGAUGUUAGUGCAGAAGGAUCAACUGUGAUUAACAGCUUUCCCUCUGGUACCAGAGGAAGAUCACUUAAACUGCUCUUUAAUAAAGACACUGUUUGCAGCACAAAGAUCCAGAAUAAUAUUUUUAAAGUCAGCUUUACACCUACCUCUGUUCAGUAGGCUCAGUUCUUUGGGAAAGCAGAAGAACAUUUUCCUGUUUCUCAUGUACAACUGGGACCUGAGGUGGUGAGAUUGGCUCAUAGGGCUCUGAAGAGACGUGACUCCUCUCUGGAGAUUUUCCAGGCCUACACCCAUAAUUCAGAGACAGAUAAGUACUCUUAAUGCAUGGACAGCAAUAGUUAAGUCAUGUAAUUGUUUUCCAGUUGUUUCCAGUUGCUCCAUAACUACUUAUGUCUAGUUAUAUGUUACAUGCUUUAGUCUGCUUGGUGACCUCAAAAAAAUGACUAUGAAUUGUCCAUAAUGACUCCGGUAAGUUUUAAGGAAUUAAACAUCUUCACCCCUCUAAAGACUGGAACUUAAGCAGAAAUAGUGAAGGGAAAACAGUUAUAAGUUAUGUUUUGGAGCCAAGCAAUUGUCAAAAACAGUAUGAGACAGAUGUUGUCUAAAAAUAAGACAAAAAGGUACCUUUACGUCCAAUCUACAUCAAGAUUAAUGCACUUUUUUACAGAAAUACCAUAUCUGGGAAUUAAUUAAAGUUGCAGUCAAACUGAA